CCGAACGCCAAGGUGCGGGGGUAGAUCAUUAAAGUCUAAUUGCCGGCUCCCCAAAUACACGUGCUAGUAUAGCCAUCUUGCAGAUGUCCUAACUGCUAUGCGACUACCCCACCAUGCACAGUCCCGUGGAGUAGGGCAUCCCCAUACAUUGUUAAUAAACCCCUACUUUACCAAUCUAACUAUGCUAUGUAUUGUCCCCCUCCAAUUUGCGCCGCCACUGGCACAGGUCGCACCACAGUCCCCUUCAUCCUCCCGAAAACGGUUGCUACAAAUUCGCGGCUUUUCGGCGUGGACAAGUCCUCCGCCAUGGUCACCGCGGCGAACGAGGAGAACAAAAGUGACCACGUGUCCUACGCGUUGGGGAACCUUUUGGUCGAUGGCGGAUUUCCCCACGUGGGCAUCAAAUUCGACAAGAUCUUCUCGUUCUACUGUCUCCACUGGUGUAAGGAGUACAAACAAGUCUUGGCUAACUUUUACCCUAUCCUUAAACCCGGCGGGUAUAUUUGUCUCGUGUACGUAAUUGAUGGUCCACAUUUUCUACUUCUCCAGGAAAUUGGCAAACUCCCAAAGUGGGCGGGAUAUAUGAAGAAAAUACGGGACAAUCUCCCCGUUUGGAUUGAAGAGUCACAAGAUGCACAGAAAGAGUUGGAACAAUCCUGCAAAAAAAUUGGGUACGAGAAAGUGGAAAGUCUCGUGCACAAAUGUAACCCAAAAUUGACCUUGGAGGCUUUCACGGACCUGGCCAUGUCGCUGAACCCGUAUUUGAGCGAGGUUCCUUCUGCUCUCUAUCCCGAGCUGAAGGCAGAUUACGCCAAGCUGAUCCUUGUCAAGGGAGACGUCGUGCAGAAUGGAGGUCAAGAAUUGCACUAUAAAUACGACGUGCUAUUUGCCGUGUUUCGAAAACCAGGAUAUGAAAAGAAUGGUUUUGUGAAAAAUUAAACAAAUUUUUCUAAUGAAAUUCGUUUUUGAUUUGUUUUUUCAUUUCGAUUAUGUAUAACUAUUUGCAUUGUCAUAACUGCGUUUUUGUAAAAUAGAUUUACAAAGUUUUAUGCUUUACAAAAUAAAG